AUGACCUCGGGCUACGGGGCUUUGGCCACCAUGAUGGCGAGCCAUCAGAACACCGAAGCUUUCAGAAGAUUCUCCAGUCUCAAUAUGGAAAACAUCCUCCAUAUGCAAGCCGAGCUACAACACCUGGAAAUGGUGAUCAAUGAAGUGAGGCAGAUACCGGAGUUGAAUGGCUUCAACCAGAUCUGGAUCGACUGUCCAGAACAACUAUCCGAAGAGGGCAUACGUCAAAUCUUUGAGCGGUCAAGAACCUUGCUGGACCAGUAUCAUCGAACGCUAUUGCAGACAGCAAAGAUCAACGCGCUGCAAAAUCCCAACAAAGACAACUUGAAGCUACGCAGACAGUGGUAUGACGAGGAGAGUGGAGGCAACCAGUUCCUGUAUGGAGUUGAGGCGGGCAUAUUCUGUGAUGACAGUAUCGAGGCCGACCUAUUGACACUGAAGGAGAGCGUCGGGAGCAAGGACUCAUUGGCAAACUUCCUCAGUGAGAAAGUGUUGCCGUCGUAUCAUCGACUGCUGGGCUACCGGCUUCACCGGUCAAUGGCGGAAAAGGCGUUCGACCGGACCUGGGAGUACAGACCGGAGAGGCUGGUGCAGGUGGGCAAUACAAUUUGUAUGCUGCUGUCGGCAAUUAUACCUCCGCUGUCAAUCCUGGUGCUGUUCUGUGUGAAGAGCAUGGGCGGCAGGCUGGUCGCCAUUAGCAUGAUGAGUCUGGUCUUUUCAUUGGUGAUGAAUGUCAUUGCUCAAAGACGGGCUGACGUGUUUAUGUCUACAACGGCUUUUGCGGCCGUCCUCGUCGUCUUCGUCGGAAGUGCGAAUGUGAUCAAUGGUAAAAAUUGA